AUGUGGCUGCAGCAGAGGCUUAAGGGACUCCCAGGACUGCUGUCCAGCAGCUGGGCUCGGAGAGUCCUUGCACUAUUGGGGUUCCUUUUCAUCAUCUACUGGUAUAUCUCCUCAGGACCAAUGUUUAGAUCCUUGUGGUACUCAAGUCAGCCUCGUGGUGCUCCUGGAGCUUGCCUACAGACACAGACUAAGCAAUGGAAAGCACUUGCAGAGAAAGGAGAUGUGAUGAUGGUUACAUAUCCCGGUGAAGAAUCCAAAUUGCAGGGCCCAGCCACGGUUGGCAAUGGACAUGUUCUUGUUGAUGUUGGGAAAAACACCUUGUGGGUUUCCUCCUCAUCUGUAUCUUUUCACUUGACGGACUAUCCCCCAUUGACAUUUGUAAGGCAUUCAGGUACUUCAUCAGAAGUCCACACCACUGCUGUUUUCCUUAGAGAGGGUUUGAUACGGACAGUUCGCUGCAUGCAGAUUGAGGCAUCUGACACCGCCAGGGACUGUGUUUCUGUCCGGGAGGACUACUUUGCUCACAGGAGCCGACCUCAUGUGUAUGUGCAGAGGAUCCAUGUCACCAAUCCUAGCGAAAGAGUUGUGGCUUUUGAUAUCGCUACUCAGAAGCCACUUGCUGGGACCAAAUUCUCCAGCAGUGUCGAGAAGGUCCAAGACCGGCAAUUUCUGCUGUCCUCUGGACGGGUUUCCUUGGAAGAUGGAAAAAGUAUGCUGGUGGUGGUUGCCACCAAAAAGGUGGUCAGCAGGGUGCAAGUCAGCCCAAAAUCUGAGUUUGAUGAGACAUUUUUGUCUGUUAUUUACACAUCUGAGCCAAUUGAUUCCGGAAAACUGGAAGAAACUUUUAGCAAGUUACGGGAGGCUGCCAAGAAAGAGAUGCUGGAGGUGAUGCGGAUGAGGGUGGAGGACUUGUUUAAUGAACAUCAGCAGAUAUGGUCUGACUUGUUUGUUUCAGGAAUUGAGAUGAGAAAGAUCAAAGAUGCUCACACACCCACCAGCGACACCAUCAACAUCACUCUUUACUACAUGCUGUCCUGCUCUCCAGCACCUCUUGUGGACCCUCUUAUAAGCAAUGAAGAGCGUGAAAAGAUGGAGCUGACGCUAAAUUAUGCCGACCAUUGUUUUAGCGGUCACGCCAGCAUGCAUGCUGAGAACCUGUGGCCGAGCAAACUUGGAGGGAUCACCCAGCUUCUCCAGCUUUGGGACCUUUGGAAACUGACCUUGCAAAAAAGAGGCUGCAAAAGCCUUGUGGCGGCUGGUGCCCACGGACUCAUGCAGGGGAUGAUGCUUAGCUUUGGUGGUCUUCAAUUCACGGAAAACCACCUACAGUUCCAGUCUGACCCUCAUGUCCUUCACAACAGCUACGCUCUCAGAGGAAUACAUUACAACAAGGACCUCAUCAAUCUCGCUGUCCUGCUUGAUCUGGAUGAAAAGCCAUUCCUUCACGUGUCUGUGAAGUUCCAGGAUAAGUUGGUGAAACUUUAUGCCUGUGAGGCCGGGUGUUUGCAUGAGCCGGUGGAGCUGACAUCGGAGCUCAAAGGGCAUGUAUUUCCCGUUCUGGUGACUCAGCCGUUAACACCAUUGCUGUAUAUCUCCACUGAACUGACGCAUCUGCAGGAUUUGAGGCACACCUUGCAUCUGAAGGAGAUCUUGGCCCACGAGGAGCACAUGGCCAAGCAGUAUCCAGGACUUCCCUUCCUCUUCUGGUUCAGCGUGGCUUCUUUGAUCACACUCUUCCAUCUCUUCUUGUUUAAGCUGAUCUACAAUGAGUACUGUGGCCCCGGGGCCAAGCCCCUCUUCCGGAGUAAGGUAUAA